ACACACUAGCAACACCUCCCUUAGGAGACGUCACCAUGACAAGCAGCUUAUAUAGAGUGCUGCUACUGCUGACAGCUUGGUCAGCAUGCGUCAGCCAGGUAGUGAGUCAGGAGACUUCUGGAGUAGUCCUGACGGCCGACGAACUGAUGACGCCUAUCAGUAAUUAUGAUUUGAGAAAAUCAGCCUUUGAGUGGCCUGUUCCUGACAUGGCUGUCAGCCACAGCCAGCAAGUGUCAGUUAUCGUUGAUGAGCCAUUGCUGGUUGCUGCAGGAGAACAUGGCCAUAAGAGUCACCACCAUAAAAGCCAUAAAAAGAGUCACGGGGAGAAAGGCCAUAAGGGUCACCAUGAUAAGAAAGGGCAUCACAAGCACCACAAAGGGGACUUUGAAAAGGCCCAUAAAAAGGGUUUUUUCGACAAAGGCGCCAAGCACCACAAAGGAGAUCAUCACAAAAAACACUACGGGGGCCAUUUUAAAAAGGGCAAAAAAUGCCAAACGGGACAUAAAAAAGGCAAAAAAUGGCACGAGCACCACGGACACAAAAAUAAAGGCUUCAAGAACGCGCACGGCAAGAAGGAGUUUGGCCACAAGAAAAAAUUCCACGACGAAGAUGGGAUUAAAAAACACUUCAAGAAGCACGACGGUCAUCAUAAACAUCACAAGCACCACAAAGCGGGACACUUCAAGAAGGCAAGCAAAAAGGGACACAAGCAUCACGACAAGCACGGCAAGAAAGGCCAUCACAAGAAGGGACACAAGCAUAAGGGCUUCAAGAACGUGUACCACAAGGAGGAACACGGCCACAAGAAGAAGUUCUGGGACGACAGCGACUUUAAGAAGCACCACAAGGACUACGACCAACACCACAAGCACCACAAGUCCCACAAAGAAGGCCAUCACAAAGGCGGAAAGCAUCAUUCUCACAAGCAUCACGACAAGCACGGCAAGAAAGGCCACCACAAGAAGGGUCACCAUCAUCACCACGACAAGGGGCACAAGAAGCACUAUGGUGAUGAGGGUCACCACAAACAUCACAAGGCCUACGGUCACAAGAAGGGUGAUCACGAUCACCACGAAAGCCAUCACGGUCAUCAUUAACAUGACGAUUUGGGCUAUUUAUCCACACAAACGUUUCAAAUUUAUUGUCGCUUUAUUUAUGGGUCAUCAUUUUCUUCUAUACACUAAAUACACUCCACGUAAAAUUAUUUGCAAAUUCAAAUAAAUAUAAAUUUGAAUCAAAUUCUAGCCAAGAUAUCAUUUUUGCAUGAAUCCAAAAAUUAUUUUGUUGUUCGUGAACGAACAUUAGGUCCUAGUAUGAGUGUCGCUCUGAAUAAAAGAAUUUGAUGUCAUUUUGGGACCAUAUACAUAACUUGACUCAUAGCAUGACUCAUAACAUAUAGCUUGUUCGUUUGGCAAGGUCAAAGCAAAAAUAUUUACUAUAUACAUUGUUAUAUUUAUUAGAACAUUUAUGAUUGUUUCUUUUGUUGCAGCUAAAUGCGUUUGUGCAAACAUCGAUAAGAUGUUCUUGUUUAUGGUUGAAUUACGUUAAAUGUAUCAAAAAUCAGAAAAUACAAAAACUAUGGUGGAAU